GAUAUUAUGUUACACAAUGAAAUACACAGUACUGGGGAGAACUACACGUAUAGUACAUGUAACACAAGAUGUUAUGACAAGUGUUGGAGAGGAGUAGUAUAUUUACUAAAAAAGUAUCUGACACGUCUCAGUAUUUUAUUGUGAUAAUACGACUUGAAUACCGUAGUUUUCAAAGCAAAACAGCAGCACUCUACUGUAUGAGAUGGACGAUAUAUACUGUCCUGUUUGUUUAGAUGCUUUCAAGGAACCUAAGCUACUGCUGUGUCGACACACCUUUUGUAAAGAUUGCUUAGAGCAGCUCAUAAAAAGAUAUGAGCCAAUGACAAAACGUCAAAUCGUGUGUCCGUGUUGCAGGACGGAAAAUCCAUUGCAGAUAAAAGGAAUAGCAGGAUAUCCUAAUAACUAUUUUGUGCGUGAUCAAAAGGUUACAGGCAACAAACAACACUUGGAUGCUGGACUGGAUCCGGAUGAAGGCUAUACUGGUGUCUUACGCGAGGACGACAUAGAGGAAGACGGACAAGGUACCGAGGAAAAUUGCUUCUCAGACGAGCAGCAAUGGACGAGACCACGAGUUUUGAGAUUUCCACGAAACCACAGCAAGACGCAUUAUCAUUGUCAAUUCUUAUCCAGCGUAAACAUAGAGCGAUCACGAAGGAUCACAUGCCUGUGUCCAAUGCCCCUUGGUAAUUGUCUGGUAGUAGCGGACUGCAGUAACAUUAUCAAUGUGAUAUCUCUUAGUGGUGUAGUUGUCAGUCAGUACCGCGUGCUGCCCAAAGUCAGCAUAUACGAUAUUGUUUGUAGAAAUGAAGGGACCUUGCUUCUAUUAGCAAGUGAUGUCAAUGAAAUUAUUUCCUAUCAAAUAAGGUCAAAUACGCAUUCCACGUUCAUCACAUUGGUUGAUUUCAGAGGCAAUGCUAUGGCGUCUAUGUCUGACGGGUGCUUGGCUGUAACUGGAGUUAACACUUCCGGUUCGUCUAGUAUUAGAGCCGAUUACGGUCAGCUGCUAGUGUUCUCUAGCGUUGGUACUCUCUUAAAAAGGAUUGGCGACGAAUACAUGACAUUUAAGCCAAGUUGCGUAGCAAUCAAUUCGUUUGAAAACCGCAUAUGUUUCACCGACGUUGACCGGAAGUUAGUCUCAUUACUUAAUGUUGAUGGCUCACGUGUUGGCGAUUUCACAGGAAGAAGCAAUGAAAAUAUGGUACUCCGAUCAGUAUUAGGAGUUGAAUUGCCCAGGUCCAACUUAAAACCAUCUGGUUUAUGUUGUGAUGCAGAAGGGAAUAUCAUAGUUGUAGAUGAAGAAACACAAUCCAUAUUUGUUCUCGACUAUAACGGAUUAUUUCGCGGAUUCGUGGUUUUAGAGGACCGAGAGGGAGAGGCGCUAUAUAGACCCUUUCUAGUGGCAUGUGAUCCGACGGGGACUCUGUGGGUAGGGGAUAACUUUCAAGGGAAAGUUAACGUGUACAAGACUUCAAACUUCAUCAAUGUGUUGGACCAGCCAGCGUCCUAGUAAGAGACGUAUUUAGCUAAAUGACAGUUCUUGCAUAACUUGAAUGAGUUAUACUCUUGUAUAACGUAGAGGAGUUAUUCAAGAACUGUCAUGUAGCUAAAUCUAUGUUUUCCUAACACAAAAUUAAAAAAAAAAAAAUGCUUGGUAAACUCAUUACCGAAGUCUCUAGCUCAAGUUCGAUUAUCGCAACAUGUAAUGAGUAUACAUGCUAUGUCGUGUUUCAUGUUUUUAUGCAUGUUGCCCACUUUAAUUUCAUGUUAUGCACUAUUUGCACGGGCCUUAACGACUAGGUCCUUUUUUAAGAAUAGUAGUGCGCGACUUCAAUCUAUGUGGUAGGGGUGUGGUAUAAUUUCCCUCAUCAAAAAAAUAAAUUUAGAUAUUCCUCAUUUUUAAACAAAAGUAAAAUAGUCUAAAUUGCUUUCAAACAUGACUGACCAAAAUCCACAACCACCAAAGAGAAUACGAGAUGAGAAUAGAAUUGAGAAUCCAAGAGAAAAACGUGUAUCAGACUCAGGAGAAAUGAUGAAAAGAAGAAAUGAAAAGAGAAAGACAACAAGUCUGUCCUUGGCAAUGUUAGAUUCUAUGUACAGUCAGAUGAGAAGAAAACCGAAGUAUUCAACAAAAUUGACAGAGCAAAACUACUACUGAAUAGCAAGAUAUCAAAUGUCACAAACACAGAACUUUUGAAUCAUGUUUUGGAUUUAUUUCUGAAAACCUAUGAAGAUACAGUACCAGAAGAUAACAUUGAAAGUAUUCAAUUCAGACAGUAUCUACAUUGCGAGAAAGAUUCCACACAGGAAGCAAUUUACUUUAUUACGGAAUCGGCCAUCAGAAACAUUUGUGCAGGAAUCCAAUUACAUUGAAAGGAAUGUGCAAAACUUGUUGAUGUUAAAGACGUGCAACGUAGUGGACAUGCUGCAAAACUGACUUUUAUGGGUGAAGAUAAGCAUACCUUCAAGUGUGACACAUCUCCUCAUAUCGAAGGAGGGAAGUAUUUAGUAAAUUUGAGGAUGCUUCAUUCCCUACUAGGAAGUGGACUACGUUACACUCGAUAUGAACGAAUCGGAAAUGCUGCUAAUUUCGGUGUCUGCCCAGAGUCCUACUUUGAAGGCAUUCACGAGAUAUACUGUGACGUUACAUCUGAGGUUACAAAAGAGUGUAUCAAAGAUGCUAUAAAUGAUGAAGUUGCGCAAACAAUAUUGCAAGCAGAAGAUGGAGACUAUGAGGGAAUUGACAUUCUUACUGACGCGCGACAUGGAUGGAGAAAAAACGCAGCACAAUCGGAUAUCAUUGCUCUGGGAUGUAUGACACACAAAGUUGUCGGUGCUGUCACAGUAACACGUGAUGAUGAUCCUGUCAGCCAAAGACAUGAGCUUAUUGGAGCGAAAACUUUAUAUAAGCAUUUUGAUGAUUGUGGUGUUAAUGUGAACAUUCAUGGACAUGACAGGAACGCAUCAAUCAACAAAUACUUGGAUGCAGAACAGCCAUCUGUAACGAAUGCCAAUGACACCUGGCAUGCUGCAAACGGGGUAGCAAAAAUCAUCAAAAGUUUAACAAGUGGACCAAAGAAAAUGCAUGGAAAAACAUGGCAUGGAGAAUUAUCUGACAAAGCAGCAUCCAUAAAAACUCAUUGGUACUAUGCGAUGAGACAUUGUGAAAAGUCUGUGGAAAAAUUACGGAUGCUGCUGGACAAUGUUGUGCAACAUUACAAGGACAUUCAUGAUGGUUGUUUGCCGAGUUCCCGCUGCCACACGGACGAAAAUUAUAAGCCAUCUAAGGUUAUCAUCAAGGACUCUGCUGCAGAGAAACUCCUUUUGCAGGCAAUCCAUGGCUUGCAAAUUUACCAAAAUACAGCGGACUAUAUACAUUGUAUUGACACGCAUUAUGUUGAAUCCUUCAAUAAUGCAGCACUGGUAUACCAUGACAAGAGAAUUUCAUUCGGUAAUAAGGAAUACCAGAGGCGUACAAACAUGGCAGUUCCAGAUUGGAACCAAAAUGUUGAUCGUGACUUCACUUCAAUAACUUGGUAUGAGGAUCCCCGCAAACCGCGUAAAAGAUCAGGACAUAAAAACUUAACUCCACAAAGUUAUACACACCUGGAAAGACUUUGGAACAGUUUUAUUGCAUACUUUUAUUAAGUUCAUAUUUCUGACACUUUGAUCGUUUUUGUGUCUUGAAUAUCAAUAUUAUCAACAGAAGAGAUUUAGGAUAUCUGCUUUAUGUACUAAUUAAGUAAGUAUUACAGUAUUGGCACAUCCAAGUUUUUGAUGCAAAUUAUAUAUAUAUAUGUGAUAAUUCUAUAUAAUUAAGUAUAAAUAUAAGUAAUAUACAAUGUAUAUGUAAUUAGUGUCACUAAUCAGUUUGAAUCGGUUAAUUAAAUAUAAUAACCUACAGAAAAUAUAGCGUAUUUUGUUUGCAGUAGUAAAGUGUUUCAAUACCAGUGACUGGUAAGUGACCAGUGGCUGGUGUCAGCCACUGGUCAGUAUGUGAUCUUAUCAGUGUGUGUUUACAAACACAGCUGUUGAUACUAUUUUUAUUGCUGUCUGGGAACAGGCUCCUCCCUUUAAAUUAGUCACAGACUAUGCGGUAGGAUCUACCGCUGACUCGCCUUUAGUCUUUCACUUAUGUUCUUACUACUCCGCUUCCAAAAACCUUAUAUGACGAUGACUGUUGCAAGGACGUUGAAUUCAUUAAAUACCAAAACGAAACAUGUUGUCAUGGAAAACACGUUCCAUACUACCGAGCAUCCAAACACUUCAACUCUCCCCACGUGUUUGACGGUUUAACAAUGGAAUCAUAAUUGGGAACCAUACGCAAUAUUAGUCUUCAAGAGUAUUACAACAUCAACGGACUAUUAAUCAUCUGGAUGUCACUAACUACCACAUUUAACCUGUUUGUUAGUUGUAUGUAUUUAUAACUAUUUUUUGUUAAUUGUAUGUAUUUACAACCAUUUGUAAAAUUGAAAUGUCUCCUACAAUCACAUUGUCAAUGAAAAUCACAUUGCUUUUCCUAAUAAACUACACUAAAUUUGAA